CGGUGUCGCCACCUUCUUUGUCUCCGGCCCAACGUUUCGACACCAGGGGUCUGUCUAUUUUUCCCUUUAGUUUUGAGGAUAUAUUUACAGAUAUAUCCCUAAUUUUCUGAUAUUGAAUGACAGUCGACUCUGAAAUAUUUAUGCCUAAAAGUAAAGCGCCAAAAAUGGAUGACCUGGACUACAUCCCAGUAGACCUGAGCCCAGAGGAGCGCUCUGAGCUGGAGGACAUCCGUAGGAGGAAGGGCGUCCUGCUGCAGGAGAUCCAGAGGCUCAGAGAGGAAUUAAGAGAGGCCAUUUUGGAGGUGGAGGGACUGGAGACCAGUACAGAGGGCAGUAAAACUCUACAGAAAAGUAGGCAUGUGGCAAUGGGAAGGAAGAAGUUCAACAUGGACCCAAAAAAGGGCAUUGUGUUUCUGGUGGAGAACGAGCUGCUCAGACACACUCCAGAGGACAUCGCUCAGUUUUUGUACAAAGGAGAGGGACUCAACAAGACAGCUAUAGGAGAUUACCUGGGAGAAAGGGAUGACUUCAACAUCAAAGUUCUUCAGGCUUUUGUUGACCUCCAUGAGUUCACUGAUCUCAACCUUGUCCAGGCCCUCAGACAAUUCCUGUGGAGUUUCCGUUUGCCUGGUGAAGCCCAAAAGAUUGAUAGAAUGAUGGAGGCCUUCGCUCAGAGAUACUGUCACUGCAACCCUGGUGUUUUCCAGAGUACCGACACAUGUUACGUGCUGUCAUUUGCCAUCAUUAUGCUGAACACGAGCCUCCAUAACCCCAACGUGAGAGACAAACCAGGAGUGGAUCGCUUCAUCUCUAUGAACCGAGGCAUCAAUGAGGGGGGAGACCUGCCAGAGGAGCUGCUCAGAAAUCUCUACGAAAGCAUAAAAAAUGAGCCAUUCAAGAUCCCUGAGGAUGACGGCAAUGACCUGACACACACCUUCUUCAACCCGGACAGAGAGGGCUGGCUUCUUAAACUUGGAGGACGGGUGAAAACCUGGAAACGCAGAUGGUUCAUUCUCACAGACAAUUGCCUUUAUUACUUUGAAUACACUACAGAUAAGGAGCCGCGAGGUAUCAUCCCCUUGGAAAACCUAAGCAUCCGUGAGGUUGAAGAUCCGAGGAAACCAAACUGCUUUGAGUUGUACAUCCCCAACAACCGCGGUCAGCUGAUUAAGGCGUGCAAGACAGAAGCUGAUGGGAGGGUAGUGGAGGGGAACCACAUGGUGUACCGAAUCUCUGCCCCCACACCUGAGGAGAAGGACGAAUGGAUCCACAGCAUCAAGUCUGCCGUCAGUGUGGAUCCCUUCUACGAAAUGCUUGCAGCCAGAAAGAAACGUAUAUCACUGAAGAAGAAAGAGGAACAACCGUAGAUGAAUCCCUUCAUUCUCUGCCUGUCUUCCUCUCUCCUUCACACCCCUCCUUCCAACAUGGGACACAUGUUUUUGUCCCUCCUCUUUACUACCUGUUCAUAAGUUUUGUUACCCCACCUCCCCACCCCCAAAACACAUCCUCUUCUUAAUUUGAGGACUCCUUGCUAUCCUGUCUACCAGACUUUUGAAAGCCACAUUCAGAGUGAGGAGCUCACCCACUGUGGCUGCCUCUUCUUAUCUUGGUUCUUACACUACUGCUGUUAUAUUCAACCUGACACACUACAGCCACAGCACACCGCCUGUCCCGUCUUCUCACCACAUUCCUCUCUCCUUCAGCACUUAAGUGAACUGUGAAACGUGUCGUAGGCCAUAUUCACUGUAAUGCAGAUCAUUUCUAAAACACAUUUUUUCCUGUUUUGGCAUUUUAUUUACACUUGGCAAACAUUUUAAAGCAGCUCACCAAAUGUGGACCAAUUUGCUAACACUGGGAACAAAGAGGAUUCAAAAAUGCUAAGAUCGCCAUGAUCAGUCUUAAGAGUCUUGACUUGCUGGUGCACCUCCUUCCCCACAGCUGCUUUGUAAAACACAGAAAAACUUAAAAUAGCAGAGAGUUGCUCUGCAGAAAUGCUUUAGGUCAUUGGCUUGUGCGUACCUAAUAUAAGACAUCUUGUAUUUGCUGUUUAGCAUGUGUAAGAGUUUCAGAAUUCAAUCUAAAAAUGCGGAUGAAAAACCCAUGAAACAAACACCUUUCUGAGAUUUAUCUGCAUUAGUGUGAAUAUGGUCUUAUUCAGGGUAGCAAGCAGCUUCAGUUCUCGUGACUUCUUCUUUCAGAUUUAUGGAUGCUGCCUAAAUGAGAAAUUGCCUUUCUUGAUUGUGCUUACCCCAGACAAAAUGUGAAUUCACUAUUCAAACACUAAUAAGAUUUAGAUUCAGUUAUAUUUGGUCAGAGAGGAGGAGAAACAAAGCAGCAAACGAUUUCAGAUUACUGAGAUAUGUGUCAUUUACUCAAUGGCUUUAAAUACACACUACUACUGUCCACUCUUAGGUAGGGUUAGAUAGGUAACCGUUAUGUCAGGAAAAUGUCACUGUUUAUGACUGUUUAGAUUUGCUGAUUCACACCACCAGGCUGCUGUUGAUCUUUAAAUAUGGUCGUGUCUUUAGACAACACGUUGCUUUAGAAUUAACAGAGGAAACACGAGCAGUUUCUGCCCUUGUAGACAGCUGCUUGUUUCAGCUCUGAGAGACGUAUAUGUUCUUCAGCAUGUUUCUUAACAUGUUGGAGCGAUAGCGAAGUAGAAAACCAUAGUAGGCUACCAGUCUGGAGGCUUUGUUAGCAAUUCCUUUAUAACACUAUACUCAGCUAUGAUCAUCAUGUCCUCUCACGUGUAACGUUACGGCAUGCCACAAAUCAUUUCCUUCUUGCUCAACACUACAAGACGAACACCGACAUCUCUCUCACUAGUAAUAACUCAGACAUUUAACUGUUAGAGCCAGGUCUGUUGGCUAUAGUGAGUUUCAAGAAAUCACAAAGGCAGCUCAUUACAAUGUAUACUUUUUGUAAAUAGAUGUUAGCAUAUUUGUUUACGAUACACAUAGAAAUGAUUUAAUUUAUUCUUUAUCUUUUGUUAUAAUCUGAUUUUUGUACGAGCUACUGUAGACCUGCAUGUUGAUAAACUGAGGUGUCAGUCGUAGGUACUGAUGCAUCGCUGAUCAUGCUAGUGCACUGAUUUGAAAGGUGUUAGUGUUCCCUGUCGACUUGGAAAAACGGCAUUUUAUGUGGAAGCUGGUUUAUGCAUAAAGUCAAUUGUCUUAAUGAUAGUUUUGGAAACUAGGGAGAUAUUUAGGAGAUGUUUUGUAGUCUGAUUUAACUCUUGACCAUACCGAUGGUUUUUUGAGUAAAUCAGACUCAGUGAAGCACAAACGGUAAUCAGUCUCACAGUCUGUUAAACUAACAUCUAGUCUUUAUUUCAUUGGCUGCCCUUUCUAUCAUACUACAAUGAUAAAUAUGAAAAGACAAUAAAACAAGGAACACUAAUAAAUCUUUGAUUCAUUACAUGAUAGUAAAAUUAUUCAGAUGUAAUGAAUCAGUAACAAGUUUAGAUUUGUGUCCAGUGAUAGAUUUGCUUGACAUACAGUUCAUAAACUGUUAUUUCUAGUAGUUUAUUGAAGUUGGCAUUUUUAGAUGGUAGGAAAAAUAAUUGUCUACUGCACUUUAUCAAUUUUAGCAUUUUGGAGAAAAUGCUGUUACUUUGACUGACGAUACAACUCCAAUACUCUAGCAUCCUCUACUGGUGUACACACACACACACACACACACACAUAUACACACACACACACACACACACACACACACACACACACACACUGCAAUAUGCUGAUGGAUGAACCAUGAACUGUGUAGAAGUAUAUAACACCAUCACCUGGUCAGGUCCAGCUAUAGCAGCAACCUGUGCUGUAUUUGCUCAUCUGAUCGUGUUGCAUGAAGCUGAAUGGGGUCUUUUCUCUUUCAAAACAUGUAGACCUUGUUUUAAAGACACAGUAAGUGAUUGGUCCCUCGAGCACAGAUCUUUGAUUGCCUUUUUUCUCUCCCACUUCAUCAAACUGACAACGGCCUAAUUUUACAACUCCAUGUUUGUGCUUGUAGACAUCACAUGGACAGUCUGUAGGCCUUCACUUUCUGGAUAUUCUUGAAGUGCAAAGUUGCCAAAAAAAUACUGUUGGGACAACAGAUGUUUCCAUUAAAACAAAAGAAUGAACACUGAAAUGAUCAGACCGAAACUGGUCCUCUGUUUCUGAUUCCUUUGACCCCAGAGCCACCUCUUUCAGAAAACGUCUUUAUUUUGUAUUUAUUUAUUUUUGUUUACUGUGAGGUGAAGAUGGAUAGAUCAUCUGUAAAUGUAGCAAAAGGAAACCACGAUACAUUGGUGCCAGUAAACUACUGUGUAACAAUAAAAGGUAAACAGAGA